GGAUAUUAUUAGCUGUCAAUAAAAAAUGAUUUAUAAGCUGCCAAUCAAAGGUGAUUUACAAUUAAUUAUAAAAAAUGACUCAUUUGAAAUUACAGUCUCGUGACUUUUUUGUUUGCCAAUAAUUUUCUACACAUGAUUUUUAAUGCAUUUAUUUUGACACGUAUCGCUGUUAGGUUUACAGUUUGUUUGGGUCACUUUUCUCUCCUCGUCUUUUGUGGUCAAAUUUUCUUAAUGUCUCACAUCUCAGGAAAAGAUAAAAAGCUAGAUAUUGGCGAUAUUUACAGAGAUUCCCUAAAAGCAUCUGAAGAAUAUGAAGCUUGUUUAACUACUACUAUAUAUGGUGAUACGUAUUUGGACCCAGAAAAAUGUAAAGCUAGAGGUUUUGAUCCAAUCAAAGCACUUGAAGAAGAGGAAGAAAGAACUGAUUUGUCUGGGGAAUGGAUUGAAAGAACAGCGGAUAAGAAAGGAUUUAACGCUAUGUUUCAAGAAUUUAUUGAUAAAGCUCCGCCAGAAUAUGUAAAUAAAGAUCUGAAAUUUUCGGUUUGCUUUGAUGACUUCCCAAAGAAAAAAAAUAAGGGAAAUAAGAGUUAUAAAAAGCUACCAAUAGAGAAAAAUCGUUCUUUACUGGACAAAGCUUCAUAUCUUCUUAACCGUAAAAUCAAACUUGAAGAUGGAUUCCAUGUCAAAGUUGUUAGCGUAAAGAUGAGCAAUGACGGUAUUUUUUUGGAGGUGGAGGAAAAAGUGGGAGAUAAAUUGGAAUAUUACGAAAUUAUGUAUCAGCAAGAUAUGGUUGGGGUAUAA